AUGGCGAUUCGUCCGGUCAUCUCCUGUCACAGGUCCUUGUUUCGUUGUCAACCCCAAUCGAGCGCUCAAAUCCCCAAUUCCCUCCCAGCCUUGUACAACCAGGGAGACUGGGAUAAACCAGAGAGAAAAAGAUCCACCCAGAGAGAAACAGACCCACCCAGAAAGAAACAUCCGCCCAGAGAGAAACAGAUCCACCCAGAGAGAAACAGAUCACCCACAGAGAAACAGGUCCACCCAGAGAGAAACAGGUCCACCCAGAGAGAAACAGGUCCACCCAGAGAGAAACAGACCCACCCAGAGAGAAACAGGUCCACCCAGAGAGAAACAGAUCCACCCAGAGAGAAACAGGUCCACCCAGAGAGAAACAGACCCACCCAGAGAGAAACAGGUCCACCCAGAGAGAAACAGAUCCACCCAGAGAGAAACAGGUCCACCCUGAGAGAAACAGGUCCACCCAGAGAGAAACAGAUCCACCCUGAGAGAAACAGGUCCACCCGUCAUGAAAACACUCGAUCUACGAUAAAUGAACAUGACGACCCGUAA